AGAUGCUGCAGACAGCACAUUCUUCAUGGAUGUGCUUCCUAAACAGAUGUUAGAGUCUCUGAGAAGUUUCCUUAUGAAUAUAUCUAAAAAUCACAGCACUCUUGAGAAUACCCACUUGGGACUCUAGUGAUGGAAACUAUGUGCUGCUUUCCAGAUCAACUCUUCACUAACUUGGACAAGUUUCCAAGCCUGAAAGAACUGUCUGUGGGACUAGAUGGCAUUCCAGAUGUGCUUUCAGUCAUCCCUGGAGAUUUCCCAAACCUCCACCACAUGGAGAAGUUAUCCAUCCAAACUUCCACAGAGUCUGACCUCUCCAAACUGGUUAAACUCAUCCAGAACUCUCCAAAUCUUCAAGUUUUCCAACUGGAAUGUGAUUUCUUUUCGAAUUGUGAGUCUCUCAUGACUGUGAUUGCUUCCUGCAAGAAACUCAGAGAGAUUGAGUUUUCUGGACGAUGCUUUGAAGCCAUGCCAUUUGUCACUAUUUUGCCAAAUUUUGUUUCCCUGAAGAUACUGAAUCUUAAACGCCAACAAUUUCCAGAUAAGGAAACAUCAGAAAAUUUUG